GGAUACUUCGGGGGCGUAUAAUAUUCCGUAGGCUCUUAAAUGAUAACGCACCUAUUUAUUGAUUAAACCGAACGCUCAACUUCAGUUGGUGACUUUUGUUUGGGUCAGGACACAGCUCUUGUCGUAUUAUCUUCAGGACUGUAUUUAAAAUAUAUCAACAAUACAAUUUAUAGAGUAACAUAGGAGAUGGCGACUAUGUUUAGAUACCCCGUCUUUCCCCAUCUGCAGGAUCGGCGUGACCCGGGUCCCCCUCUGUCCGCGGGGAGCAGUGCCAUGGCGGAGCCAGACUACCUGGAGGGUGACUGUGACGAACUCAUCAGACCCAAGAAGCUCAUCAACCCCGUGAAGACGUCCCGCAACCACCAGGACCUCCACCGCGAGCUGUUCAUGAACCAGAAGAGGGGCCUGGCGCCGCAGAACAAACCAGAGCUGCAGAAGGUUCUGGAGAAGAGGAAGAGGGAGCAGGUCCUCAAGGCCCAGAAGGAGGAACACGAGGCGCACAAGAAGAAGAGCGACCUGGAGAUAGAGCUGAUGAAGAGACAGCAGAAGCUAGAACAGCUGGAUCUCGAUCAGCAGAAGAACGAGGAGGAGCAGGAGAACACCCCCGAGUUUGUGAAGAUGAAAAGCAACCUGAGGAGAACCAAGCAGGAGACGGACGGAGAGGAACGGACCACCUAGUGUGUGUGUGUGUGUGUGUGUGUGUGUGUGUGUGUGUGUGUGUGUGUGUGUGUGUGUGUGUGUGUGUGUGUGUGUGUGUGUGUGUGUGUAAGAGAGAGUGUUUGUUGUCGGUUGCACAUUGAUGGUCAGCUGACCUCUUGCCUGUGAAACCACUUCCUGGUUUGCUUCCUCCGAGCCGUUGAGGGAGAGAGAGACAGAACUUUACAGACUUUUCAAGAAGACCCCUCUGUCUGCCUGCCGGCUACCAACCUAUCGGUGUCUCCCACCCAUCCAGAACGCAACACCACCACCUACAGGCGGGAGAGUGAAAUACAGAGACACAUGACCUGUUACAAGUCGGUCGCAAAGUGUUACCAUGAAUCCAGUGUGGACCGAUCCCAAGGAAGGGAGGGUUGAAUGGGGGUGGGGGAUUGGUCAUCCAUUACACACACAGGGUUCUCCUUGUUAGCUUCCAGUUCUUCCCCUAGUAUCUCUUCUGAACCUUCUGUUGUUGAUGUUGGUGUUAUGGUUAAAACAUUGUUUUAUUUGUAUUGUUUUAUUUUUCAUCUUAAGAAUCAAAUGACAAACAAAAUGGACACUGGAUGGACUCUCCACGCUUUGUAUUAUAAAAGCCAAAAUGAUGUGUUAUUUAUGUUUGUAGCUUUUAGCCCAGGUGAACGGAGCGCGCUCUUUGUCUGUUCCUCAGCUUGGUUUUUGUGAACCCUGAACAAGACAUCCAAUGUUUUGUGUAAAACACAUAACUGAAUUUAGUUCUUAUCUCUUCGACAUUUCAGAAACAUGCCAUUUCCUUUGCUAAUGCAAUUUUGAGCAAUAUAAGAAAUCCCAGGUGUGAGGUUGUUGCCUUCUUCAUGUGUUCUGUUUUUCUAUGAAUAAAUUGUUACUAAAUAAUUGA